GAAAAGACGGUCCAGUGUCUGGUACUCGUCCCCCCCGAGCGAGAUGGAAGAAGCCGAAGCGGUGCCGUCCACCUCGGGGGCUUCAGAGCAGCCCGGAGCCGAGGAGACCCCGGGGCGGCUCCUCAUCUUUAACACGGUGGUGGACAAGUUUCUGGAAGGGCUGGUGGAGGCGGGAAGCUACCAGCGAUUCGCUCGCUGCUACAAGAAGUUCUACAGGCUGCAGCCGGAGCUGACCCGAGGAAUCUACGACCAGUUUGUGGCCCAACUACAUUCCUCCAUCAAGGCUGAGAUUCAGGUGAUAAAGGAAGAGGGAAAUCUGGAAGCGCUGCUGGACUCUUUGGACAAGAUGGAGAAUAACGCGGCGAGCACAGCGGACAUCCAAUGGCGUCCCAGCGGCGUCCCCGAGGAGGACUUGCGGGCUCACUUGGUUCCGUACCUCCGGCAGCAGCGGGAAUACCUGCGCAAGUUGGUGAAGGAGAGGGAACAGGAGAACGCCAAGCUGGCCCAGUCCGUCCUGGCCGGGAGGAGGAAGAUCGAGGAGAUGCAGCAGGAGAUCCUGAGGAGGCAGCAGGCCUGGCAGAAAUUAAGUAAAUCCCAGAAGGAACUGAUCUGGUCCAUCCAGAACGAGAAGGUGUGAGCAGCAACUCUCCUGCUCCUGUCCCAGCUGCUGUCCCAUAUUGUGGACCGAUACAUUCUCAUCAUAUUAUACUAUAUUGUGCACCUGGGAUUUUUUUAUUUUUUUUUGCUGUUUGUUAAAAAAAAUUAUUGUUUAAU